AUGUCCGACACCAAACUCCCCCGAGCCCCCAAGUUCCCUACCCACAACGCUCCACGAGUCUGGUUCUUGACCUGUGCCAACAGCCCCAUUGGCAUCUCGCUGUGCAGACACUUGCUAGCCCACGGCGACUACGUGACUGCUGGAGUACAGCCCGUGGAGUUCGAGAAGGAGGCCGAGAGAAGCCAGGACUUCAAGGACUUUCUGGAAGAGUUGGCAUCCCCGGCGGCCGUCAAUGCGAGCGUUGAAGAUGGGAGUAGGAGGGAGAGCUUUAGUGGGAAGGACAAGGGCAAAGCCGAGAAGCAGGAGCGCGAGAAAGAGCUAUGGCGGAGUCGCCUUCGGGUCGUGGCUCUAGACGUGAGGGUCAUGGGACAAUGCCAGUCAGCCGUCGCUGAAGCUGUGCGAUGCUUUGGCCGCAUCGACAUCCUCUUCUGUGCUCACUCCGAAGUCGUUGUAGGAACGGUCGAGGAGUUGUCCCAAAGCCCUCGAACUUUGAGUCUGGUCAAGGAUCAAUUCGACACCAAUUUCUUCGGACCUGUCAAUGCUAUCAAGGCCACGCUGCCCAUUUUCCGAUCCAAGAAGAAUGGACACAUUUUGCUGCUAACUGCCAUCACCGGACAUCUAGGUACACCGGGGCUCAGCAUGUACUGUGCCAGUCAAUGGGCUAUCGAAGGGUACUGCGACAGUCUAGCUUAUGAGAUCGCACCAUUCAACAUCAAGAUGACCAUCGUGCAACCGAAUAUGGAAGUCAACGUUUUGACACAUCGCAUCACUUCGGCUCCGCCCAUGGCAUGCUACACCGAGGAGAACAAUCCAGCACCACUUUCACGGAAUAUUCUGUCAUCACUACUGGACAGAAUCGAUGGAUCCUCUGAACCAGUAACAGGAGAUCAGCUGCAUUCGAACGAGGUAACCAGUCUCUACCCUCCCCUCAGCAAGGGCAUGAAAGAACGUCUGGUGGCCGAGACUGUCCAUGCAGUGGCUGCCAUUGGUGGGCAUGACAAUCCUCCAGCAAGGCACAUUGUAGGCGUCGAAGGCGUUACGACCGUCAAGGAGAAGUUGAAGACUGUCAGCGAAGAACUGGAAGAAUUCGUCGAAUGCAGUGCCGCCGUUGAUAUCGAAAAAGCAGAAGAUACGCAGACGCCGUCGCAGAUGGUUCCUCUCAAUAGCUGA